AUGGAUUUUAAUCUUAUAUACAAGAAAUCAAUAAAAUAAUAAGAUACAUCUAUUCAUAUGAAUUUUGGAUCUAAAGAUCAUAUUGAAAUAAGUAGAACAAAUGCAAUUAUAUUAAUUAUAUAAAGUAUGUUCAACAACAUUAAAUAGUUAGUGAUUGAUCGUUCAUAUACUUAAAUGCAUGAAGUAUAUAGAAAGAUAGCUGAAAAGAUAAAUGAUAAAAGACUUUAGAUGAACUGAUUAAUUAAUAUUGAUAAAAAGAGAGUGGAAUUGUAAAAGUAUUAAAAAUUAGUAUAUGUCUUAAAAAUUGAUUUCUAUUUACAAAAUGAUGACACAGAAAUCAUUAAAAUAUUUAGUCCAUCAGAGACAUUACUAAUAAUAUAUAAUAACUUACUAACUAUAAAAAUUUGUGAUUUAGAGAUGAUUAAUUUUAUUAAAACAGAAGAAUAUUUAUUAUAAAAACUCCAAUUCAUGAUAAAAUGGUUUAACUUAAUAAAGUAUCUUAUAUAGAAAGAUAUUUUUGAGGCAAUUUUACUAUCUAUCUUGAGUUUAUGA